AUGGAUUCCGACAAUGAAAAUUUUCAACGAGCAAUCGAUGAGGAGUUCGAAGAACUCGUUGCAGCGGUGCAAGCUGAAGCGGACGAGGAGGAGGCGGCAUUGGCGGAGGCGGCGGCGGCGGCGGUCCCUCGGCCGAUCUACCGUCAGAGGUAUAUCAACCGUGACCAUGCCGGAGCCGACCAGCGGUUGAUGGAAGACUACUUCGGCGAUAACACCCCUCGGUACAGAUGCUUCACCUUGCGUCAUGAUGCCACCGGUCGACCCGGAUUGUCGACAUAUCAAAAGUGCACGGUGGCAAUUAGGCAGCUUGCCUUUGCCGGGCCUGCUGACAUGUUCGACGAAUAUCUGCAGAUGGGCGAAACGACUGCCCUUAAGACGCUGAGACAGUUUUGCAAGAGUAUCAAAGCAAUCUUCAAAGGGGAGUAUCUACGGAAACCAACGGGCGAGGAAUGCCAGCGACUGAUAAAUAUGCACGGGACUGUGCAUCAUUUUCCGGGCAUGAUGGGCAACAUCGAUUGCAUGCACUGGGAGUGGAGGAACUGCCCGGUGGCUUGGAAGGGGCAAUUCACUUCUGGUUUAAAAGGGCGACAUCCCACGAUGAUCCUUGAAGUCGUUGCUGACUACCGCUUGCGAAUCUGA